CUAUCUUUGGCUUCUUCUGUUCUUCGUUUCGGAUUAUCGCUCUGCUUCAAGGUUUCUCAAGCCAUGGAGGUCGCCACUACUGCCUCCAGCUUCGCACUUACCAAGCGAAUAUCCCCAUUGUUUGCUUCUUCCAAUUAUGGAAAAUCGAACCGGACCUUGUCCUUGUCGUCAUCCUCUGUCAGAACGGCUCCCCUUUCGACUAAUUUUCUCACCCCAUUCGCCGGUGGCAGCGUCUCCGGGGACUUUUCCGGCGUGAAGCUCCGGCCUUAUUCACUUAAUCCGAAUUGUUUCCCUGGAUCCAAGGGCAAACGGGGUGUUGUUACUAUGGUUAUUCCAUUUUCAAGGGGAAGUGCAUGGGAGCAACCUCCUCCAGAUUUGGCAUCUUAUUUAUACAAGAAUCGAAUUGUAUACUUGGGCAUGUCUCUUGUCCCUUCUGUCACAGAGUUGAUACUUGCUGAAUUUCUUUACCUUCAGUAUGAGGAUGAAACAAAGCCUAUUUAUCUUUACAUUAACUCCACGGGGACAACAAAGGGUGGUGAGAAGUUGGGCUAUGAGACUGAAGCAUUUGCAAUAUAUGAUGUUAUGAGGUAUGUUAAGCCUCCUAUAUUCACAUUAUGUGUUGGUAAUGCUUGGGGAGAAGCAGCACUUCUUUUGGCAGCUGGUGCUCAGGGAAACCGUUCUGCAUUGCCCUCAUCAACAAUAAUGAUUAAGCAGCCAAUUGCAAGGUUUCAGGGUCAAGCGACAGACGUAGAGCUUGCUAGAAAAGAAGUACGGAAUGUGAAGGAAGAACUGGUUAAGCUUUUUGCCAAGCAUGUUGGAAAGUCAACUGAGGAGAUUGAAGCUGAUAUCAGGCGGCCAAAAUAUUUUACUCCCAGCGAAGCAGUUGAAUAUGGUAUCAUAGAUAAGGUUCUAUACAACGAAAGAACAACUGAGGACCGGGGAGUUGUAUCUGACCUGAAAAAGGCACAACUUAUUUAGUAUAGAAAAAUGUGGAUUGGCAAAACAGUACCAAGAUUGAAGUUCGCACAAAUACUGGGUAGCAUCUGAAAACUGAAAUUUGGAAUCCUUGAGCAGUAUUGGUCGGACUCAGGAAACAAUCUGCGAGUUUAUUGCGAGCUUAUCGACUUCCAGUAUCUGAGGAACUUUCUGAAUUAUAUUACAAUUCUAGAACAAUGUUACAAAAAGGAAAACUGGUUGAUUGAUUUCAACUUUAACCAAGAAAAUUGAAGCAUUCUGUUUUGCUCAUCUUCAACCAAGAAAUUCUUGCCUUUAUGUGAUGUGUUGUAUCUUCAAAUUUUCCCAAUGUGCAGUGAAAAUCCUUCCUUCCCGUGUA